UCUCUCCCUCCUUCUCUGCCCCUCCCUCCUCAGCCUAAUCUCUCCCAACCUCUUUCGUUCUCUCUUCAGUUCUUUCAGGUAAUUCCUACUCAAACUUGUACCAACUUGUUUUUGACUGACAGAGCACAGCCAGCGCGUUCCUCUGGAGAAACCCCCGAGCACCUAUCUCUCCCCAGGCAACCUGCGACCGGCUGCUGGUUCUUUGCCUGCCCUAACUUCUCCUCCUGCCAGGAGCCUGCAAGCACGGAGCUCUGCAGUCCCUACGAGCCUCACGUACAAUUCCUCAGCCUCCAAGAAGCCAUCAUUCUUCCCUGCCAUUCUUCCUCCUCAGUGUCUGAGGGUAAAAAGAAAGUAUGAGGAAGGAAAGUGAAAUGUGGCCAAGAGCUAAGGACUAAAGGACCACUUUUUGGAAUCUGCGGAGGGUCAACUUCCACCUCCUUGUAUUCAUUUCUGCGAUCGCUUGAGCAAAGCCAAUUUGGCCCUCAGCUGGCAUCGUCAAGGUCAAGAAUGGGAUUCAGACCUGUCAGAGCAGACUUUGAAGGAAAUCAUGGAUUGCUUUAAGAGCAAGAAAGAGUCUGGCACACGGCCAAAACCGAAGUGUCCCGUGCAGUGCAGGUGACUGUGUGACUGCCACAACAAGGUCCAGAGGAGGACAGCUAAGCAUCGCUGGUUUCAUUUUCAAUUAAACUUUCUGAGCUCGGUGAACCCCGAGUAGAUUCUUGUCAAGCGUUUUUCCCACUUAAUAUUUAAACCUGUGUAUACUUAAAGUGAAAUUUAAUCCAGGUAUUUGGAGUCUGUAGAGAAAGAGAGAGAUCAUCAAAAAACUGAUGUGUCUGAGAUACUGGCUGUGUAAGAAAGCUUUUAAGGCAACUUGUCUUACAAACAGGAAGUUAUGUUUUGUCAGAGCUUUAAAGUCAGCUUCUCCACUUCUAAUUUUAGUCUGGAAAAGCAAAGUUAUGAUUUGAUUUGGAGUUCAUUCCUUCAUGCCUACCAGCCCUUUUGAAAGUAUAUGCUGCGGGGUCACCUGAGACUCUGUGGAGAAAAUUCUCCUUGGGAACCAGUGCUUCUCUGCUUUUCCCUGCACUAGCACAGUCCCAUGGUAGCCAGGUGGGUGAAGGGGAGCGAGGACCUGCUAUCCAUUCUGAAGAAGACUCCUGACCUGCCGAGGGAGUGAGUGACCAGGUGGUCCCAAGAAUCAGGGGAUGGAUGCCAGUCACAUGACCAUGACCAGGCCUCCUUUGGUGAAGCACACUGGUGGGCCUGGCCUCAAGACCCACAGACCCCGGGUCAUGUCCAAGAGCGGACACAGCAACGUGAGAAUUGACAAGGUGGACGGCAUCUAUUUACUGUACCUGCAAGACCUGUGGACCACAGUCAUUGACAUGAAGUGGAGAUACAAGCUCACCCUCUUUGCCGCCACUUUCGUGAUGACCUGGUUCCUCUUUGGGGUGAUCUACUAUGCCAUUGCCUUCAUUCAUGGGGACCUAGAGCCCAGCGAGCCCAUUUCCAAUCACACCCCCUGCAUCAUGAAAGUGGACUCUCUCACGGGAGCCUUUCUCUUUUCCCUGGAAUCCCAGACGACCAUUGGCUACGGCGUGCGUUCCAUCACGGAGGAAUGCCCUCAUGCCAUCUUCCUCUUGGUGGCCCAGCUGGUCAUCACAACCUUAAUUGAAAUCUUCAUCACCGGUACCUUCUUGGCCAAAAUUGCAAGACCCAAAAAGCGGGCUGAGACCAUCAAAUUCAGUCACUGUGCGGUCAUCACCAAGCAGAACGGAAAACUGUGCCUAGUGAUCCAGGUGGCCAACAUGAGGAAGAGCCUCUUGAUUCAGUGCCAGCUCUCGGGCAAGCUCCUCCAGACCCAUGUCACCAAGGAGGGGGAGCGCAUCCUCCUUAACCAGGCCACGGUCAAGUUCCACGUGGACUCCUCUUCCGAGAGCCCUUUCCUCAUUUUGCCCAUGACGUUCUACCAUGUGCUGGAUGAGACGAGCCCCCUGCGGGACCUCACGCCCCAGAACCUAAAGGAGAAGGAAUUUGAACUCGUGGUGCUCCUCAACGCCACUGUGGAAUCCACCAGCGCUGUCUGCCAGAGCCGCACAUCCUACAUCCCAGAGGAAAUCUACUGGGGUUUUGAGUUUGUGCCUGUGGUUUCUCUCUCCAAAAAUGGAAAGUACGUGGCUGAUUUCAGCCAGUUUGAGCAGAUCCGAAAGAGCCCAGAUUGCACCUUUUACUGUGCAGAUUCUGAGAAGCAGAAACUGGAAGAGAAGUACAGGCAGGAGGAUCAGAGGGAACGUGAGCUGAGGACCCUUUUGUUACAACAGAGCAACGUGUGAUGCCAGAGUGUCUCCUGGCCUCACCUCCAGACCUGUUUCCACCUAGGCAUUCCUUUCAGACCCAGGGACAGCUGUGCAAAUGAAAACAAGGGCACAUAUUCACACUCCACGGAGCCUCUUGGGUGUGCCCCUUGGAUCACCCCCUCGGAUCUGGUGGCUGCACUAGCGUUUCUGUAUUUGAGAGGGUUUUUGCAGAAUGCUUCCUCCAAAGUGAACUCUCAAACUUCACAUUUCCUAAAAUGGAGCUGCAUUUUGAAGGAUAGGAUGGAGGGCAAAGGAAAAGAUGUCCUGUUGGAUGGAUGGACAUCUAGCAAUGCUUUAUUGAAGGGAAAUGCAUUUCCAUGCAAGUUAUAAUGUAAAGUAUUUAUUUAAUCAAAGCACCAAAGACAUCACGGUCAAAGGUUGAAAUGUGGUUGAGCAUUCAGCUGUAUUGUUGCCUUAAAACCUCCUCUUUUUGUCUAAACAGGGACUCCUACUCACAAAAUAUAGUCAUUCUAUUUUUUACCUUUCUUCAAUAGACUGAAUUGUAUGGAAUGACACUGGUCAAAUCAGGAAUUAACAGCCGUGAGAAAAUGUUCCUAACCUGAUUCUGUUGUUCCCAUUAAUUUCUGUUGUCGUUAUUGAGAUGUAUUAGACCUUUUCUGUGAAAAACGGGGUGUACAGAUCAGUUAUCCAGCACCAUGUAGGAGUUUAUUAGUAACAUAGAUGAUCAGGUUCCAGGCAAAUGUGUAAAACCAGCACUUAUAUCUUAGCAAGAUCCCAGUGAUCUCUGGGCAAAUGAAAGUUUGAGGAGUUCUGCUCUGGAACUCCUCAAACAGUUUCCAAAGUCACUUCCUGAUCCACACAGAAAACUUGCUCUGUGGGUUCCCUGUCCACAUGGCCUCCUGGCUUCCCCUGCGUUAGGUUCACUACUGUCACUCAGUAUUUCUUCCAGCCAUUUCAUGUCUUACCUUAAAACCUCACCCACGAUGGAACGGCAUUGAAUUGCCCAUUGACAUUCUAAAAGCAAGCCAGAGCUCCUGAGAGCAGUGGCCGUCUCCAGCAUGCUAAGCACACGCUCAAUGGUUCAAUGGUUCAAUGGUUCAAUGGUUCAUUAUCAUCGAAGAGAGUAAACCAGCCUACCCUCAAAAGGAGUCUGCCCAGGUGCUGCCCUUCAUAAGGUUGGGUGGUGCCACUGGGAAAGAGAAGGGGCUGAGGGAAAGGAAUUCAUAACCAAGAUGACCCCUUGAUGCAGGAACAAAAUGUGAUAGUCUCAGAGCAUGUACAGAAUACCCUCAGUAUUUAAAUACUAUCUCACAUGUCUCAGUGUUAGAGCUAACAUUUUGCCUCUUGCAAAAUUCCCUAGUGAGCUGCCCUUUUUGGGGAAGAGAAUAAAUGGGCUAGGGUUGGCUAAAUGCGCAUAAACAAAUACUUAUUUUAUUCAAGCCGAGACAGAUCGAUGUACCCACUGAAGCAGAAAGUCGCCAUGACUGAGCAGGCAGUGGGCACACAUAUACAUGUGAGGCUCCCUCAUUUACAUACACAUGCAUGCCCUGGUUCUCAAGCAUAAUCGUGAAAAUUAUCCAUGAAAGUCACUUGCAUGAAAGAAGACAUCGUAUUUGUGUGAUACUACACAAAUAUGAACCCUGGGACUCAGAGAAAUGGGAAAUAAACUGGAUUCAGAUUGUUGGCGAAGUGAUGGCCUGGGAUUAUAGCACCUGUGGUAGUAUUUGAUGUCACCACACUUGCAAAUGUGUUUCCCUUACACAGAAAUUGUAGAAAUAAAGUAGAUCGCCUGGAACUGAACUCUUACAAUGCACAUAGAAGAAUAAUGGAGGUAAAGUCUAUAAGAGCUUAAAAAACAAUCAGUUUAUGCACGAAAAGGAGGAUUUUUGUCUUUAUUGUUUUUUUCUAUUAUUUUUAUGGCAGGUUUCUUUCGAUCUCCAGUCUUCAAAAAUAUUACAUGUCAGUAUAGUUAGAUAUUAGUCCUGUUAGUCAUUAUACUUCCUUAUUUUUAUUGUACCUUGUGGUGUGAUUGACAGGAGAACAUGGCCACAAGCAUGUUUACAGCUUUUCUGUUGCACUAUUAAUUUUUCACAGUAUUUGCAUCAAUGCUAAUUUGAAUGUAAUCAAAAUUAGGAAUAUUUUGCAACUAUAGUGUAAAUGGUACAAAAUUUAGUGUAAGAUUGAGAUAUCUUUUAUAUGUUCAUCUUGCAUAUCAUUUUUAGCCAGAUUUGGAAGACCUGACCAUCUGAUCUUUUAUACCAUGCAGUGUCCUGAAAGUCAAUAAUUGUAUAAGUCAAUAAAUCAGAAUUAUAACAUAAUAUUCAAGAAGUAGUUCCAAAGUUGUGUCUGGUCUGAAACUUACCAUUUUCUAGAUACAUUUGACUGUUAACUGCUUUGUGCAACAUGCUCUCAUGUUACUCUGCUAACAAAGGAUUUAGGUAGCAGUAAACUUAUUAGGUUAUAUCUGAAUAACCUGAUUGAAAGACAAUCAUGCUAUAUGUCCAACUAAGGAAUUGCAAAACUAAGGGAGUCUUUUUUACCCAAAAAGCCUUUUGUAUUUUUGAAACAUUUCCAAUAUAUUUGGUCUUUUUGGUGAGACUGAUCAAAACUAUUGUGCUCCAUCUGAGAAAACAGAAACUUCAGAGGAGCUAGUGAGUGUGAUCUAGAAGUCAUGUCUUAUUUCAGUAAAAUACACAAAACUAAUACGGUGCCUUGUAGCCAAUAACCCCAUAUAGCAAAACAAGGAUACACUCACUGAUCUUCACAAUGAGCUGCCUUUGGGUUAGGGAGUGGGAGGCACACUGUAUUGAUCAGUUUUCCCAUUACUGGGACACAAUACCCAACACUCACAACUUAAAGGAAAAAGAGGUUUAGUUUGGCUCAAGGCUUCAGAGGUUCUAGUCCAUGGUCAGUUGACUUCAAGUCAGGAACAUCAUUAUGGAGGGUGGAGCACAAUUGCUCAGUUUGUGGCACCUUGGAAGCACAGCAGUGCUUCAGUGUUUCCCAGCAGUGUCAGAACAGACCCAGGGGCAAGAUCUAGCACCCAAAGUCAUGCACCCAUAACCCACUCAGACCCCCAGAGUGUGCUUUACUUAUCUCUUAGGCAGCUGUCAAUUUGACAGUCCAGCUUAAUGGUCACACACACAUUGGUUCCCCUUUUCACUGAUAGAGAAAUUACAAUACAGCAUAGAUUGUCCAGAAAUCUGCAAUAACUGAUUUAUGGUGAAAGAUCCCAUUAGUCAGUGGGCCAAAUAGUUAGAUACAUUUAAAUAACCAUUUUGUCUGAUUUUUAUUGGAACUAAAUUUUUACUGUCAGUAGGCUACAAUUUUAAUAUUACUGAAAUGUUAAUUGAGACAUAUUUUAGAAGUAGCAGGUCUUCUCCAGGAUGAUUAAAACACUACUUCUGCUCUAGGCUGAGCCUUCCUUGCUCAGACAAUCAGUAAGCAUGUAAUAUCUGAGGCAGGGGGACAAAGCAAAGAAAAGAAAAGGUGAAAUGAAAAGAGAAAGCACAAGGCCUUCACACUGGCCUCUCAGGAAAAGGUCACCUGGGCCUUGGGUCUGUACGUCGUCAUGGUCAAAGGGUCGGAAAUUUGACCUCGUGGUGUGAUAAAGACCCUGCCAGCCAUGGCUUUCACUCUCACUCAACUUCUCUUGUUACAGCUUUUAAAAAUUAGUUUUCAGUGGAAAUUGAUUUUUCCUAGCUUCCUAUAAUGUGAUUUUUAAUAAAUGAAAGGUAUUGCUAUUUCAACUCCUGAUUUCCAUGUUAUAUGGGGCGCACUUUUAAUCCAGUAUUAGAUUAUUUGACUCUCGAUGCGUGUGAGGUACACUGUUUCCUCCCCUAAGAAGUCUUGCACUUGAAGGUCAAGUGGAGCAUUUCACUCCUAGCGAUCCGUUACAUACAUCUCCCCAGCAUGUGCUGCAUUCUAUCUUUCAUCGAGGGGACCCCCAGUCCAAGCCUGCAGAGCUACAAUUUGGAAUGAAAUGGUAUUGCUAAAAUUAACCAGAAUUUUAAAGGAUAAAGGAGUUCUUUACCUUCGUGAGGCACUAACAUUUCUCAGUAAGUCUGUUUUUGCUAUUGUUUUGCUUACCGUUUGAAGGGGCUCUGAGACAAAGGCCUUUUCUUCAGGGUAAGGAAGGCAGUAAGAAAAGUCUAAGAAACACAAGCUAAUCUUGGAUCACCUAGAUGUUCAUGUGAAGGGAUUUCUCCCAUAGGAAAAGAACUUCAGGGGAAAAACUUGGUUAUUCGAUCUUACAGUACAACAAACUGUCAUUAUAUUCUUCAGGCGUCCCAGGAGAAGCAAUUUUCCUAGCCUUUUAAGAAACAUGGGUAGGUUAAAUCCAAUUUUUUUCCCCAAAAUUUUCCACUAAAUACUUAAUGGAAAAAAGAAGUGUGAGGCAAAAACAAAGCUCCAGCCAUUCCCUCCAUCCCCAUCCUGCCUGGCCCCCCGGCGCACUCCACUUCCUUCCCCUUAACUUGUGCUCGACUUUGCUAUCUAUUCUGCCACGCUGAAUCAUCUGAUGAGCUAAAACAUACCCCAUCCGAAUUAGAAGCUGUGGACACUUGGAUAUCAAAAAAUUGAUGACAGGAAUUUUUUUUCAGUUGGUAUUCCCAGAGUGUGUCGCAAUAGGAGAAAGAAGGAAGGCAGUUGAGCGGAGUUGAUGGGUGACUGAUAAUGAAAUCAUAAGAACAGGCUGUGAAAGCCAGAGGACAUACAUGACACAUGAGAAGAAAAGCCAAGGAUGUCACCAUGUGUAGCAGGAGGCCAUGCCAUACCAGUGGCUAACCCAGAGAGUGGGGGAUGAUGCCAGGCUCCCUGCUCAUGCAGGACAUGUCCCCUGUUUAGUAGCCUGUGUCCUGUGUCCCACAUAGACUUACUAAAAUGAAUACUCUGAGGGACUGGGGAUUUAGCUCAGCGGCACAGCGCCUGCCUGGCAAGCGCAAUGUUGUGAGUUCAAUUCCUGGUACCGGAAAAAAAACAAAAAAAAUUAAAAAAUAAAAAAAUGAAUACUCUGAAUUUCCUGUAGUUGACCUCUUUCAAUGCAUUAUAAAUCUGCUGAGGCAAUUAUAAAAAUCUUCAAAUUCAAUCAGAAGUCUUAUGUAUUUAUUUGCCAAAAAUGGCACACUGAGGGAGAGUAAUCACAUAAUCCCAAAUUAUGCUUAUCUGUAGAAAUGCACUCCCCUUUACCUGGGGGUUAUGGAAUUCAUACAGCAAGUAGCAGAGAAAAAGGUCUACUACAAAAAAACCCCAUUUCCUGGAUUUGUUCAGCUGGCAGAAGUAAACAUCAGCCUGACGCAGGAGCAGUGUAUGACUCCUCACAGGUAGGCCCAAAUGCUGUUUGAUCUUGGCUGGCUGGACAGGGGCACCCUCAACCAUGGGGUCCAAGUUACCCUCCUCACAGUGUGUGGGAGCUCAGGAUCUUGAGCCCCAGCUUUGUAAUGAGGCUAAUGGUUUUGUUUUCCUCACCAGCAUAGAGGGACAAAAUCAAGGAAUACUAAGUCUAAAAGUCCACCUCUCAUUUUCUUUGUUUAGCAACUCACAACACAUGAUGUAGCCUUUAGCUGUGAUUCUAUGUUAGUGCAAGGGCAAAUCUUAUCUAGUAUCUUAUCUUAGCAUACCUAAUUUCACUCUUCAGAAACAUUCAAGACACUAAAACGGAGGAUCUCCUCAAAAUUAGGCUCCGUGACAACUCUUACCAUUGGUGAUAGAGCCAGUAUUCCCCCCAAAAUCAAAGAAAAACCAGUUGUUGACUCUGAGCUAAGAAAUGUGUGGCCACUGAGUUUAUUAUUCCUAGUAUUGUUAUUCUUACGAAUGUACUUCGUAUUAGGAAAAAGAGCUUCCAAGAAAGUGAUGAGAAGAAAGUUCAAAGAAAAGGAUUUUUUUCCUUUGCUGCCGGUUAACUCUAUUCUUUCAUCCGCAAUCACGUCUUAGGUGUAAGGAUGUUGUAUUAAACCAAAUUGUUACAGGAAGUAUGACUGUGUCAGGGACUUUUUACACAAACAAGCCUGCCAGUCACAAAGGGAAGCUGAGCUUGUGUGCUGACACGCGUAUCCAAUGGCAGGCAGGAGGAAGGCAGGACAGCAGCCAGCUCGGAUCUAUUUUUGAGGAAUUAUUUCUGUAGGGUGUCAUGGAAUUGUAAGUUACAAAAAGAAAGCUUUGGAAAACAGAAUCUCUGUUCCAAAAGGGCCUUCUCCAAGAUACUACUUAAUGAAAUUCACAGGAAUGUAAUGGAAAUGGAAAGCCCAAAUGACAUGCAGCUUUUGUAGACAAGUGACCUUCUGGCAGUGUGUGCCUACCAAAACCUUGGUCAGGAUUCAAGGUCUUCCUCUGUGUACAGCUACAUCUGACUUCCACACCGUGCCCCAAGACAAAUUUCCCCACUUUGCUCUGAUUUUUAAACUAGCUUUGGGCUUGGAGUUGCCUUAGCACAGUACUGAUCUGUGUUUCUCAAGGGAAUCUGCUAUUUGGUGCACACUGGAAAUCCCAGCCCGCUGAGUGGUGACAGGUUAUGUGUACACCUGUUACCACUGAGCUCAACCACACCACGACCCAUCAGCUCUAAAUGUGUACUUUGCUAUUUUAAGCGUUCACACCUCUAUUUGUCAAAUCACUUCUUAUGUUUACAUGUAUCUCCAUCGCUUUUCUUUUUUGGCAUAUGGGAUCACUGUAACCCGUGGAACAAUAGCAAAAGCAAUAAAGCUCAUUUCAUGGCA